GAUUUUAAAGAGAACUCCACAAAGACCGCCUUUUUAUAGUCCAGUCUGACAGGAAGAAACAGAAUUAUUACCUACGGACCAUCCCGCCUUCGGGGCCAGCCGCCACAUUACACAGUUGUAAUAUGUUCAUAAGUCUAAAGUUGGUGAUGAGACCGCUUGCAAAUAUCUACCCUCUGAGUAGAAGACCGCCUCCAGUCUACAGGUCACUAUCCGCAUGUGUGAGAGGUAAGAUGGCUACAAAAGCAGCCCGUGGUGCAUACCAUCUUCUUAUUUGUGCUUAUUCUUUACAAAUUUCAAACGAAAUACUCUCCAACAACCUGCUUAUCAAUCGAUAUGACGCAAAACAACCGAGUUCCUUAUCAUUUUUGCAAAUAUAAUCAGAACUUACCACGGCUCGACCAAGCUUCUCCAAGUUCUUUAUAUUCUCAAAGUCGACAGGAGGACUCCAAUAGAGAAGAGAAAACAUCACAGUUUAUCUUUCCAACAAAUACCUGCGAUUACCAAUUAGAUCCUGACGAUGAGCUGGUCUCAUCCCUUGAUGUUGUUGGCUGCUCUACGAACCAUUGUUGCUGGAAUAGAAGUGCCAAUGCCGAAUUAAGUGACUAUAAUGAACAUAGCAUUGAACAAGUUCAAGCAUCAACAUCGAGAUUUCUCCUAGGGAUAAUCGGUAUGCCGACCAAUCUUGAUGGACUCAGUUUCGUGGACUUCGAGCUUUUUGACUCCCAAAGCCAGGAAUACGAAAAUUCUGAUGACCCCUGGCUCGAACCAUCCAUAUCGAUUGGCCGCCCAAAGCUUCACCUCAAUGAUUGCCAGAGCUGCAAGACUUUCAAUACAUUUGAUACACCAAGGAGUUCUGAAAUGAGUUUGUCUCAGGUGGACCUUUGUUCACCUCCCCCAAACUCUGUUACUAGCUCCUGGAGUAUGGGCAAUGAAUCCAUGGCUUUGUUUCCCACGAUCUAUUCAGGAGACUAUCUCGGAGCUUCAAACUCUGAUUUUGUAGUCGGUGUUGGUCAGUGGAUGUGUGGAACGAUGGUCGAAGCGAAUGAUCUAGAAGAUGAAUCGAAGAUUCUUCGAAACACAGAUAACAACACUACUUCUCAACCUAGUCAAGCAACCGGUAGAAUAAUAGACUGUUUCGAGCUCAUUUUCUAUGGAGACGAAUGACGAAGGUAAUACAGAUAUGGACAUGUAUUCUGUUUCACAACAAAUAAACCACCACGCUGUAUGUUUCUCACACCGAGGCAAGAGUGCAGUCCUCGAGUAAUGGGUAGGAGAUAUGUAACAUCCCUGAUGAAGAUUUCGAAGAAAAACCACAGUCUGAUUAAGCACCAACUACCAAGACUUAACCUUAAAGUUUCAUGCAGAUUUUUAAGUCAAAGAUCAUCAUCCAUCUCGGGACCGAGGCUCACGUGAUAUUAAAUAUCGAACUCUCCUUUCACUCCCAAAGGAAAACAUGAUUUACUUUCCAGCUUCUUUUGCGGUUCAAUUCUUAACUUUAAAAAAUUUCUCAUGGUGGUACAGUCAAAUAGUCUUCUCACA